AUGGCGGCUAAGUACGGCCUAAUGCUACAUCAGAUGGACGUCAAGACAGCGUUUCUUAACGGCUCCCUCAACGAAGACAUCUACAUGGACCAGCCGGACGGAUACCUGGAUACAACACAGCCGGACUAUGUGUGCAAGCUAAAGAGAUCACUCUACGGCUUGAAGCAAUCGCCUCGCAUGUGGAACCAAACAAUCGAUGGGUUCAUGAUCAAGAUGGGAUUCAAGAAGUGCGAAUCGGACCACUGCAUCUACAUCAAGCGAGACGACCAAGACAUGAUUCUCGUGGUGCUCUACGUCGAUGAUCUCAUCCUGGCCAGCAGCAACAACGAACUCCUCAAGUCAACCAAGAUAGCGCUGAGCAAACGCUUCGAAAUGACGGAUCUCGGUGAGCUCGAUUACUUUCUCGGCAUGGAGAUCAAGAACGACCGUAAGACGGGAAUGGUGACUGUACAACAAACCAAGUUUCUCAAGUCCGUGUUAACCAAGUUCGGAAUGGAUAACAGCAAGCCAGUGAAGACGCCUCAAGAUCCCGGCCUGAAGCUAACCAAGAACAUGUGUGAACAAGAAUGCAAGCACGAAGACACCAUGUGCAACGUGCCAUAUCGAAGUGCUGUCGGAGGCAUCAUGUAUCUCAUGGUCGCCACACGUCCGGAUCUAGCUGCUGCAGUGGGAUCAUUAUCCCAGUUCUCGUCCGACCCAUGCCCGACUCACUGGCAAGCUUUGAAGCGUGUGCUGAGAUACCUGCAAGCAACGCCCAAUCAUGGUCUUGAGUUUACACGUGAAGAAGGAAGCCGUAUCUGCGGGUACACCGACGCAGACUGGGCCGGCGACAUUGAGUCAAGACGAAGUACAAGCGGCUAUGUGUUCAUGAUGAGCGGAGGAUGCAUCAGCUGGAAAAGCCAGAAACAACGGACGGUCGCGCUAUCUUCAACAGAAGCAGAAUACAUGGCGCUUUCCGAAGCAACCAAAGAAGCAGUAUGGCUCAAAGUGCUUUUGGGGGAACUUGGUGAGAUGACAAGCGACGAAGCGAUCAAGAUAUAUGAAGACAACCAAGGAUCAAUCGCUCUCGCCAAGAACCCGGAGUUCCAUAAGAGAACGAAACACAUCGACAUACGCUACCAUUUUGUACGUGAGAAGGUGGAAUCAGGUGAAGUCGUUUUGGAGUAUUGCCCGACUCAAGAUAUGCUGGCAGACAUGAUGACCAAUCCGAUCGCCGCUGUACAAUUUGAAAACAUUCGCGAUCGACUUGGGAUCCAAGGUGCCGCAGCUAACGAGUCGAGAGGGAGUGUUGAAAAGACAGCGGCUGUGAAGAAGACACCUCGUCAAGCUGCGUCAAGUGUUGAAGCAAGUGGAAGACCAAGCUUCGCUAUACCGGUGGGUACCGGUAUGUACCAGUAA